AUGGCAGCAGGUGUGCGCGGCAGCUCAGGGAAGGGAGCCCGCUCGAACCCCCCGACCGGGGGACAGACAGGCUGGGCUCUGAACUCCCGUGGGAGCCGGUCACUCCCCCUCUCCUACGCCUCCAUGUCCUCCUCCUCCUCCCCGGCCUGCAGCUCCCAGCAUGAUGGGCAGGCAGGAGGCGGGGCGCAAGGCUUCAGGGUCCCCGGACCCCGCUCAGGGCCACUUCACCUGGGCAGGGGAGGGCUUCGAGGGCUGUGUCCGCAAUCUGUCCUCGCACCCGGGUCUUUGGGAUUAAACUGGGCAGUCGCCGAUGUCUGUCCCCGCUUUCCUCUUCUUCCUUGGAGCUCACAGCAAGUAGAUUCCCGUGUCAGCGGCUCUCCCGGUGCCGGACGCGCUUCGCUCUCUCUCCUCCCAGCGUCCAGCGUUGCCUGCCCGGGGCAGAAGCAGCUGCCCCGCUCAGGCUCCGGCUCCGGCUCCGACUCCGCCCCCGCCCUCCGCGCUCGCCCCCACCCCCGACUGACACAACAGCCCAGGAACCCUAGCCGCGGGCCGACCGGCCUCUCCACCCCCUCCCCUUGUCACCUGCCUCCUAAUGCUCCGCCAGAGGCCACGCCCCCUCCGCUCAGCCCUGCCCAAGGGCACGCCUCCUCCGAGAGGGGCAGCACAUGCCACGCUCACUCCGAGUCUCCUCCCACUGCCCCACCGCCUCGGCCUCCAGGUCCGGAAUUGUGCAGUUCGGGCAGCACUCGCCAAUCCCCAGGCUGGAAGACCACAGUGGGCGGAGCCUAUGCUAAUCUUACCGUCUUGAGAUCCAGAGCGGGAAACCCUCCAGAUUAA